AUGUUAUAUUUACAUGCUAAAGAUAUAUCAGCUAAAGAAUCAUUUGAAUUACUAUCCAACGACGAACUAUGUCAAGAAUGUCAUCUGAUUAUGGUGAAAAAAAAAUCAACAUCAAUUUCGACAGCUAAAAGACUCACUGAAUUUCUUGGUGAAGAUGUUAUUAAAGAUAAAGGUCUUUGUUGUCGUUUUGUUAUUGCUAUUUUUCUACGUGAUGCACCUGUUACUGAAUGUGCUAUAUCGUUAGCUAUAUAUCAAUCUGAAUACUCUGUACGUCAUCAUUAUUUACGUAAAUGGUUACAUCUUUCAACUGUUGAUAAUCUUGACAUACGUGAAAUUCUUGAUUGGAAUUAUUAUAUCGAUCGUUUUACUAGUUAUGAAAAUAUAUCUCGUAAUUAUUAUACAGGUAUAAUGACUGUUUUAAGUAAUCCAAAUAUUAAAGAUGUAUAUCAAAUAAAUGCACCAUUAGAUUUUUAUUUACUUGCUAUACAUGGUUGUAUAUUUAUAUUAUGUGAAGAACAUCAUCUUACAAAUCUAUUUUCAAAUUUAUAUCAAUUUAAUAAAUUAGAAUUUUUCGACAUUAUCUGA